AUGGCCGUCUGUAAUCAACUCAGCCUCGCGAAAUGUCGUUUCAACCCAAUUGGAACUGAGAGUGGAGUCGGAGGAAUCUCCGGUGGUGAACGCAAGCGUCUUAACGUUGCUUCAGAAGUUUUAACAAGUCCGACGAUUCUCUUUGCUGAUGAACCAACAACAGGUUUAGAUUCCUUUAUGGCGGAGUCUGUUGUAAAUGUAUUGAAGAGUAUGACAGCUUCGGGCAGAACAGUAAUUGCAACAAUUCAUCAACCAAGUUCCAAGAUUUUCGAGUUAUUUCAAGAUCUUCUACUUCUUUCUGAAGGGCGUCUCGUUUAUUUUGGAGAUCGCGUUGGGGCAACCGAAUGGUUCAAGCGCCUUGGAUUUCCUUGCCCUCAAUAUACAAAUCCUGCUGAUCACAUUAUUAAGGUCAGAUGCUAA